AGGUUGAGGACAUUAUUUCGAUCCAAACGCAGAACCUGCUCUCUCUGCCCGAAAACUAUUAUAUGAACUUUUAUUACUAUCAUUUGUUAACAUGGCCUGAUCUUUCGUGGGUUGCUGAAAACGAGGAGGGUGAUAUUGUCGGUUAUGUGCUUGGCAAGAUUAAUGAGGAUGAUAGUACAAUGGGCCAGAUUACAUCCGUAGCUGUAAAUCGCUCUUAUCGUCGACUUGGUUUGGCGAAAAAGUUAAUGAGACAGUCACAAAUCAAGAUGAUCGAGGUGUAUAACUGCAAAACAUGCGCUCUGCAUGUUCGUGAGAGCAAUUACGCGGCGCGGCAUAUGUACGAGUCCGUUUUAGGAUUCAAGUACUGUUUUUACUGUAGAGUAAUGAAUAGACUCAUGGAAACGGAUUAUAAGUAUUAUGGAGAUGGCGAGAAUGGUUUGGCUCUGCGUUUGGAUCUCCAGAAGGUUCGCGAUGAGUACAACAUUCCUCCGUAUAAAGGACCAGUGAAGGAAAAAGAGACGAAGAGCAAGUCCUCGAAAUAA